AGCUGGAUAUUUAUAAGUGUGCUUGAUUGUUAUAGUAUAUCAAAUUUAGAUUUUAUGUGAGAUCACAGACAAAAACAAGAACUUACGGAAUUUUGAAGAAACUAUUUUAAAGUUUAUCUGAGGCAGUGGAAAGAAAAAGAGAGACCAACUUGAAGACCACACAACCUAACCAGCUCCAUCUGGUCACUUCAGGGGCAACACAGUUGAGCCAUUCGGAUCUAAUCAAGUGUACUGGCAGGUGCACCUUUCUGACGCCUUCCUGAUAAUGGAAUCAGAUAAUGGGACCAGCUCUGUGGAGAGCAUGACAAACAGUUACACCAUUUUGAAGACCAACAUCUUUGUUACCUUUGGGGCCCUCAUCCUUGGCAUCGUCUUCCUCCUGGGUGUUCCUGGCAACCUCUUCAUUAUUUGGAGCAUCCUGGCACGUGCCCGCAAACGCUCCGUCACUACCCUGCUCAUCCUCAACCUGGCUUGUGCAAACGGUUGUCUAAUGUGUCUGACUGUUUUCUUUAUAAUAUACCUAGCCAAGCAGAACUGGAUAUUUGGAACGGUCAUGUGCAAGCUGCUUUUUUACUUCUGCAAUACAAACAUGUAUGCUUCUAUUAUGAUCAUUACGCUGAUGAGACUACACAGACUAGUGGCAGUGAUGUGGCCCACAUACUUGACUGCCUGCACUCGUAGAGGAACAGUAUUACUUGUGCUCGGGGGCCUGUGGAUUGUCGUAUCUCUUUUGGCACUUCCUGAAUUAAUAUUCAGACGAACAGAGAAUUACAAUAAGGAACGCAUUUUGUGUACAACUCAUCACAAGUAUCCAAAGCAUGCAGUGUUUCAAUACACAUUUGAAACAGUGGUGGGCUUCCUGGUGCCAUAUGUGAUCAUAGUCAGCAGUUAUGUGUGUAUCCUUCGCCGCCUCAGACGGACUAUGAUCAAGAGGAUACGGAGAGAGAACCUUAUUCAAGCCAUUAUUGUGACGUUCUGCAUUUUUUGGCUUCCUUACCACUGUGUUAAUAUGGUGCAAGUGGCAGCAGCUGUUACAUCAGAUGGAUUGCUCAAAAUGAAACUGGAUUCCAUCUGGAAGAGCAGCAGUGUUUUUACAUUCGCUCUGGCUUUUAUAAGUAGUUGUGCUAAUCCUUUUCUCUGUGCAUUUGCUGGACGCUCCUAUAUCAAAACUGAUGGCCUGGCAUUCAUGACCAGAUUCUUUGAGGGCACGGUCCAGGAGGGCACAGAGAAGCCAUCAGAACAGAGGUCAUCAGGCUCUAAACCUCACUGGAGCACAGACACAUAAAAAUUAAUCUUGAAGAAUUAAGAUACUUCUGCAUCAGCUUUUAUUGACUGACUGAUACUAUAUGGAACACACAACAGGUCAAACAUUUAAUCUAGAUAGAGAGCAGCCUAAAGACCUGGUGCUUUUAAAUUUCAUUUGACUUCAUUAUAAAUUAGCUAUAUGCAGCUUUCAUUCAUUUUUUUUAUCAGCCUUCCAGGUUUACGAACUGCUGAUUGCAUGGCUAUGACGUAUUCAUUGGAAUAAAUCCAUACUUGCAUUGUGUAUAUAUAAAAUUUUGCAUUGCCUCUUGUAAUUUAACACAAAGAUUGCAUGAAUACUUAACACACCAGUGUAUACAUUUACAGGACUGGAAUUAGUCAGUAGCAAAAGAUCACAGGUAUUUUAGAGUUCACUUUAGAAUAUACAACCUAAUGCAGGAAUCAAACCUUUAUGGGCUUUU